CUCCAAGGAGUCCCCAAACAGACCAAAGGUCCCCAAACAGAACCCCGACCCACCUCAGAACAUUCCAGCCUCAAAGACUAAAACGGACCCCAAACUGCCUAAACCAGCACCAAACCAAGUCCUGGACCUGUCGAAGUCCAGUUCCAGGUCUGAGAGCGACAAGACGAGGAUCAAACCCCCGAAGGCAGCCGGACCCCCAGAGUCCCCCUUCAUCGGGGACUCCUACAUGGAAGAUGAUGUCCCCCGAAAAACUAACUGUUUGUCCAACAUCCAGAGCCGGAUCAAGACUUCUGGGUUCGGGGGCCAGUUUCUGGAGUGGAUCCCCGUCCUGCAGGGGGCCAAACACGUGAGUCCAGAGGAGUACGAGCGUCUGAGACAAUACCCGGGAACGCACGGCUGGAGGAACCUGGACUACAAGACUCUGGCAGGAACUCUGUCGGUUCUGAACGGCUCGGCCAACCUGCAGAUGUUGGACGACUGGGAGUCUCGGAGGAACGGGACCGAGUGCAGCCGCUGCGCCGUGGUGGGCAACGGAGGGAUCCUGAAGGGAUCCAGGAGGGGGAGGGAGAUCGACGGCCACCACUACGUCUUCAGGACCAACGGGGCGGUCAUUAAAGGCUUCGAGGAGGACGUGGGGACCCGCACCACCCACUACAUCUUCUCCACAAACACCAUGAUGAACUCCAUGAGGAGCUACGCCGGCGCCGGGUACAGAGGACCGCCGGUGUCCCCGGAGACCCGAUACGUCUUCCUGCCGGACCACGACCGGGACUACCUGCUGAUGAAGGCGGCGGCGACGCACACGCAGGUGGAGCGAGGACCGGAGCGCAACAAAGAUCCAACGAAGUACUUUGGGCAGAAAGUUUCAGCAGAGAAGCUGAAGAUGUUCCACCCGGACUUCAUCCGUUACCUGAGGAACAGGUUCCUGCGAUCGAACGCUCUGAACACCAAAUACAAGGACCUGUACCGCCCCUCCACGGGCGCCUCCAUGCUGCUGGCUGCUCUGCACACCUGCGACCAGGUGAGCGCGUACGGCUUCAUGACGCCCGACUUCCAACGCUACUCGGACCACUACUUCGACAGCACGUACCACCAGGUGGGCUUCUUCAUCAACCACGACCUGCGCAUGGAGCUGACCCUGUGGCAGCAGCUGCACAAGGCGGGCCUCCUGCAGCUCUACAUGCGACGGUAGACGAGCGGCGCCGAAGACCCGCGGGCCCGAGGCGCCGAAACUCCGGACUCGAGCAGAUUUUCCUUUCAUAAAGGAAAGUUUUAUUCUUUAUUAAUGAGCAGCUGAUUGUUUACGGGAAAGAUUUGAGUUUUAUUUCUCAAAUAUUUUUGGUUCAACUCUUAAAGUAUUUAUUUUUGGUACUUUGAGUAAAAAAGUGUAAAUGAUUGAAUCGGAGCGCGACGGCUCCCCUGAAGUUUCACUGAAAACUUUAAGUUAAUUUUUUUUACCUCUAGUUUUGUAUUUUUCACGAACCCUGAACGAUGAAAACUGACGUGGAGCUUCAGCUGAAGGUGGUUCUGAUGGACCGGGUCCGUGCUGAACCUGGACCCGGCAGAGACCCGACGUGACGCAGAACGUCUUCAGCUGCGAGGAGUUGAAGAACCCAAAGUUCUGGGUUUUGUCUGAAGUCGUUUCAGUUUAUUUACACAAUUAAACGUGUAAAUGUGCAACAUGUUUCUGGAAGAACUUUUUGUUUUAAUCAUGUUUUUAAUUUUACGACAGUUUAAUCC